AUGAUAGUUGAGAUUUUCGAAUGGAAUGAAUGGCUGGCUGAUGAUGCACGUGAUAGUUGUCAGAAAAACGUUAGAAACGACAUAUUGGAGUCUGCAAAUGAUUGGUUAGGAAAGGCGAUGGGAAAUAACCAAGGGGGUCUACAUAAACGUGAACGUACAGAUAGCCAGCGUAAUCGUGUGUGGAGUAGUAAUACAUCAAACACCAUGGGGACUGCUAAUGCUGCUGAAGAUGGGUGUCCUGUUCAAGUAAAAAUUGCGAAAAGCGAUGGCACAUCUUCAACACCAAGUAUUCAAUUUACUGAAUCGAAUGAAUAUCCGGUCGUUUUCAAGUGGCAAGGUGGGAGCCAAACAAAAAUGGUAUAUAUAUCGGGUUCUUGGGACAACUGGAAACGAAAAAUUCCACUGUGCAAGUCAACUCAGGAUUUUUCGACUAUAAUCAAUCUGACCCCAGGAAAGCAUGAAUAUAAGUAUUUGGUAGAUGGCAAGUGGACAUUGGAUGAUAAUGUGGAUAAAGUCGAUAAUGAAUUCGGUAGUCAGAAUAAUGUAAUUUUGAUUGAUGAGGCUGAUUUUGAGGUUUUUGAUGCACUUGAUAGAGAUUUAGCUUCUUCAAAUGCUGGUGAAGCAAUGCGUAAAAUGAAUGUGGCAGGAACCCAUCAACAUGAUACUCCGAAUGAUCGUGAAUUAGAGAAAUUAAAACAGUUUACACAAGAAAUACCUGAUCGUCGGGAAUUUGAGCGAGCUCAGAAUCCUCCAGUAUUACCUCCACAUUUAUUGCAGGUUAUUUUAAACAAAGAUACACCAGUACAGUGUGAUCCAAACGUGUUACCCGAACCGAAUCAUGUAAUGCUCAAUCAUUUAUACGCUCUGUCGAUCAAAGAUGGUGUUAUGGUUCUUUCUGCCACACAUCGUUAUAGAAAGAAAUAUGUAACUACCCUUUUGUACAAACCAAUUAUAAGAAAUGUAAAAAACUUACUUGCUUUAAAUGAAUCAAAUUUUAAAAAUAUUGAAAUCAAAGUGGCAGAUAAUUUAGGGAUCUGGUUUAUGCGUCGUUUAUGGACAGCAGAAAGAAGUUGGCAUAAUGUCUCAGUGUCGUCGAAAUGGUCUGGUUCGCUAAGUGAAUAUGCAUUUUCUAUUGAUAUUGAGUGUACAAGGAAAAAGGAUGUUGACGUUUGGACAUUAGGUAUUGCACCAGAGGAGACAUGUUCGUAUUCUUUAUUGGUUGAUAUUUGUUUAACGGUCAAUGACACAAGAUUUCUGCCGAAUAUAAUACUUCAAGAAGAAACACCAUGCUGUGCUAAUUACUUCGUAACAUUUCAACUUCUCGUUAUUCAAACGCUUUCACCGCAGCAACUCGAAGCUGAAACACCUUAUCGAAACUUCGAAAUUAUAUGCGAAGAUUGUUCAGUAUUCGUUGAUACUCUUUAUUUGUCUUCAUUGGGUGGACGACUUUUUACUGAAUGGCAUGAAAUGAAUUCGAAAGGCAAGUCUUCGGUUGAAUUAACUGAUUUGGCCAGUACGGAAUUAAUGUGCCUUAUUGAUGCUACUGCCAAAUUCAGGCAAAUAGUCAUUACGAGGAGUAAUUAUGAUCUGCUCGCUAGUAUAUCAUUUCGGUAUGGUAUUGCUUCUGUUUUACGAGCUAUUGAGACAUAUCUCAUUGAUGCUGAAAAGGUUAAUCCAAUCAGGAAAAUGGAAUUCGCUGUCAGUUAUAAAUUGGCAAGAUUGGGUGAUGUUGUGAGCCGAAAUUUGAUUUCAUCAGGCACAGCUAUGGAGCAGUUGCAUGAUUAUUUGGCAGCAAAUGGGAAUACUUUGGAACAGGCCCAUCCUGAUGUUCUUGCAUCUCUGAACAUAUAUCCAGAUUAUGUGCUUUUAUGA